AUGCACGAACUCUCUAUUGGUCAACUGUCCGGCAUUAUUGCCUCAUCAUCUCAGAUCCUCGAAGGGGCUUCUCUAAAGCUGCUACCUAGCACGACACAGGCAGAAGAAGUCGAUGAUGCAAAAAAGACAUUGCUAGAUGCCUGCCGAUGUAUGAUUCGGACUGCCAGCGGGCCAACUGAAGUUCUCAAAGAAAUGGCAUUGAUUGAUAGGCAUAACCUCUCAACUCUGAGAGUGAUCAACCAUUAUCGCAUUUUUGAUCUGGUCCCAGAGGAGGACUCCGUCUCUAUCAAAGAAGUUGCAGCUAAUUGUGGUCUACCAAAGGACUUGCUUUGUCGAAUUCUGCGGCAGGCAAUGUCUUACGGUGCUUUCACUGAGCCGGAACUAGAUCAUGUGGCGCAUACAACCCUAUCAAAGGCCAUGGCUCGCAUGUCUCCACUGCUGUCGUACCAAUUGGAGGUCUGUCUGCCGUCGAGUCUGCGCUUGCUUGACUGGCUUGGGGCGAAAGACCGUGGAAUGCGUUCGCCCUUCCAGAUUGCCCACGACACUACCAAGAACUGGUGGGACUUUGCUGAAGCCAAUCCCGACCUUCUGCAUAAUUAUGGCCAAUAUAUGGCUCUCAUCACUAGUGGAGGUCCGCACGACGUGAGUCACGUUGUGAGUGGAUAUCACUGGGGGGACUUGGGCCAGGAUGCAAUUGUGGUAGACGUUGGCGGGGCCGAUGGCUUCGUAGGCAUACGACUGGCGGAGGAAUUCUCAAACCUGACUGUACUGAUUCAGGACAAUGAGCACCUCAAAGAACGAGCGGAUGCCAGUAUCCCCGAAGCUUUGCUUUCUCGCGUAGUUUUUAUGCCACACUCAUUCUUUGAACCGCAAGGCUCACUUGCACGGCAAGCGGAUGUCUUCUUACUGCGACAUAUAUUGCAUGACUGGGACGAUAACUCCUGCAUAGUCAUUCUGCGUCUGCUGGCUGCUAGUCUUAAGCCUGGUGCAUCAAUUGUGAUUGCUGAACAGAUUUUACCUCUUCCAGGAUCCCUCGACAAGACAACAGAACGUGUCAUGCGCGCACUAGACUUACAGAUGAUGACGCAGUUUGGUAGCUGCGAGCGCACCGCUGUGGAUUGGGAGAAACUUUUCAUUGCUGCAGAUCCCACACUGAAAGUGGUCCGAGUUGUACAACCCAGUGGCAGCGCAGACACUCUGAUGGAGGUGAAGAAAAUUGGCGCAGAUAAAAAUUGA